AAAAGUGGGCGCCGUGCAUUUCCAGCCCCUGAUAAAGCAAAGGCGCCUUGCGAGUGAGGGAAAGCGGCCGAGGAGGAAGAAGAGGGAGGGGAUCACAGGUGAGCCUCCCGGUCGUCGCCUUUAAUUCAUUUAUUUGGAAACUCUACCUGCGCCCGGCGCGCUCUCCAUCCCUAGCUUGGGAAGCGUCGCAGCGCAGGCACUUGAGCGCAGCUGGCCAAAAGGAAAAAAUAAUAAUAAUAAAAGAGGCGCACGAUCCGCGCGCAGCUGCUCUGGGUUUGCUGGUUCAUAAAAGUCCCAUCCGGCUUCGCAGACCUCGCAAGCGGCGGCAGCGGCACAACCACCACCACGGGAGAUCCGGAGCAGGGAGGGGGCGUCGCAGGCAGGCAGCCGACUUCUCUCGCUCUCGCUGCGCGGUCCCCGAGACAGGCGAGCGCGGAGCCAACGCGCUGCCGCUGCUUCUCCUUGUUGCCUCAACUACCGGCGAUGACCUCCGUCCUAGGCACCGGCCGAGCACCGGGAGGGCCGGGGAGCCAACUGAAAUGCAAGUCCAAGAGGAGGCGGAGGAGGCGGUCGAAGAGGAAAGCAGAGAAUGCAGGGUGGGUUCACACCCUGAUUCCUCGGAUGUCUCAGCGCUUGCAGGAACGUUGUAACACUCAGCUCAGCUCGUGGCUGGAGGCAACAGACAACCGCCUCACCACGUGGCUGGAGCCUCCACACGAAAAAGUAAGCAUUUUGUCAACUUUCAUCGCGCCCUUCAAGUAUUUAAGUCCUGGUGCAGCAAAUAUGGAAGACGAAGACAAUUUAAGUACAAGCAGUGCAGAAGUAAAGGAGAAUCGUAACAUUGGCAACCUAGAAGAUCAUCCAAUAACCUCUAACGAAAGGUCACGGGUGGGCGCUUCCAGUAUCAAAAGGAAAAGGCCUCUAGAAGAGGGCAACAGCGGACACUUCUGCAAACUCCAGCUCAUCUGGAAGAAAGUCUCAUGGUCAGUAACGCCAAAGAACGCCCUGGUUCAACUACAUGAACUUAAGCCAGGCUUACAGUAUAAAAUGGUCUCCCAGACAGGCCCUGUCCAUGCACCGGUAUUUGCAGUUGCCGUGGAAGUAAAUGGGCUUACAUUUGAAGGCACUGGACCAACGAAAAAGAAGGCUAAAAUGAGGGCUGCAGAACUUGCCCUCAAGUCUUUUGUUCAGUUCCCCAAUGCAUGUCAAGCUCACUUUGCCAUGGGGAAUUGUUUCAACCCUUCCACAGAUUUUACAUCAGACCAGGCGGACUUUCCAGACACUCUGUUCAAGGAGUUUGAACCAUCGACGCACAGUAAGGACUUCUCGGUCUACAACCCAGUUAAUAACGAACUGCUUUCUACAGCCUAUCGGCACGGGAGGUUGCUAUACCACACCUUGGACUUAAUGGGCCACACCAAACAAAACAAGCGCAAGAUGGCGUCCGCCGCUGAGAGCGAAAAGAACCCAGUGGUGUUGCUCAAUGAGUUGCGGUCAGGACUGAGGUACGUCUGCCUUUCGGAGACUGUGGAGAAGCAGCACAUCAAGAGUUUUGUGAUGGCUGUAAGAGUGGAUGGGAGAACAUUUGAAGGCUCGGGACGUAGCAAGAAGCUGGCUAAAGGUCAAGCAGCACAGGCUGCGCUACAGGCCCUCUUUAACAUUCGGCUGCCCAGUCACAUUCCCGGCAGGAGUAAAUGUAAUCAUUUGCCACAGGAAUUCGCUGAUUCCCUCUAUCAAAUGAUUACGCAGAAGUUUCAAGAGGUGACAGAUAAUUUCGCUGCCAUCUAUGCACGUCACAAAUCCCUUGCAGGAAUUGUCAUGACCAGAGGUUUGGAUGUCCGGCAGGCUCAGGUUAUUGUGCUGACAUCGGGUACCAAAUGCAUAAAUGGAGAAUACCUUAACGACCAAGGGCUCGUGGUCAAUGACUGCCACGCAGAGAUUGUGGCGCGGAGGGCCUUCCUUCACUUCCUUUACUCGCAGCUGGAGCUUCACCUGAGCAAACGACAAGAAGACGGCGAGCGAUCAAUCUUCGUGCGGUUAAAAGAGGGAGGCUACAGGCUAAAAGAGAACAUUCUGUUCCAUCUGUAUGUGAACACUUCGCCCUGUGGAGAUGCACGCCUCAACUCCCCCUAUGAAAUCACAACAGACUUGAACAGCAUUAAGCACAUAGUAAGAAAGUACCGUGGGCAUCUUCGAACGAAGAUUGAAUCUGGGGAAGGAACCAUUCCAGCCCGAUAUCCCAGCGCAGUACAAAUGUGGGAUGGUGUAUUAUUGGGGGAACAGCUGGUCACCAUGUCUUGCACGGACAAAAUUGCCAGGUGGAACGUCCUUGGCUUACAAGGUGCUCUCCUCAGCUACUUCAUCGAGCCUGUGUACUUGCAUAGCAUUAUUGUGGGGAGCCUCUCUCACACUGGACACCUUUCACGGGUAAUGAGCCAUAGACUAGAAGAUGUCGGUCAACUGCCAGCCUCAUACCGGCGCAAUCAGCUGCUCCUGAGUGGAGUGAGCAACGCUGAGAUGCGGCAGUCAGGGAAAUCACCUGGUUUCAGUGUGAAUUGGAUAGCGGGCACUACAGACCUCGAGCUUAUUAAUGCAACAACAGGAAAAAGGAACUGCGGGAGUUCUUCACGACUCUGCAAGCACCUGUUUUACACUCGAUGGGCAAAGCUUUAUGGGAAGCUGAGCACACAGCUAUUAAGCCAUGGAGAUCUGCCCUCGGUGUACAGCGAGGCCAAACUGCUGGCGCACACAUACCAGUCUGUCAAGCAGCAGCUGUUUAAAGCAUUUCAGAAAGCCGGUCUGGGCACCUGGGUGAAAAAGCCCCCGGAGCAAGAUCAGUUCCCGCUAACUGUGUGAAUCAUUUGGCACUUCUGGUCCGUGACCCCAUCAAGCCGACUGAAGAUGGAGAGAAGGGCAGGAGAGAACCACAGGAGCUGGCUGCGUGACGGAUGCCAUCCGAGGCUUACCUCCGGUAGAAGCAUCUCAAUUCGGAAAUCCUAACAAUGCAUUAAGUAUAAGAUUACGUUCUGAUUAAUGCACUGAACUUGACUUUAGGAAGCUGCUUUUGCAUACCCUUCUUCCCUUCUCAAGGAUGUACAAAGCCCAGGUUACAAAAAUGACCUUCACUGUUCGUUCCUUGGUUUUGUAGCACAUUACAGACCACUGUAAUUACCCAACUGGCACCUGCAUUUCAGGCAACAGCAGGUCCCGCUUCUAGCUAAAACGAAAAGGGGAAACCCUGCCGUGUUCCCCUUCAUCGUUAGUGCAAUAAUUAACAUUGGAGAAUGAGAGGUUUUUCUAGGUAGCAAACACAUGCAGGUACUUUUAGAAUCAGGACGCCACAGAAGGUCACCGUUUGCACUGAAACACAAGAGGAAAGCUGUGUGUGUGUGUGUGUGUGUGUGUGUGUGUGUGUGUAAAGGGUUGGGAUAAUUCAAACAGAUAAAAAUAAAACAAAUAUUAUGUCCCUGCAUCUAUGAACAUAGGCUUGAAAGUGUGAUCAGUGUCCACUAACAUCUUAGAACCCAGCAGAGAUGGGCAGAGUCACCUGUUAUCAGGGGAAAGGGGCUUCUGCUGGCCUGAACAGCAGCUCUGAUCACCUUUCCAAGACGCAGAAUAAAGUAUGCCGCAAACAAGCAAAGAAGCCUAGCAGCCCUUUUCUGCUGGAUGAAACUGUAGCAUCUGCACAGACACAAUUUCAUGGAGGACAACAUCCUGUGAACCAAACCCUCAGAAACAUCCAUAGCUCCCCAGUUCCCAUAAUUGCGCUGGCUGAAAAAGAGACACCAGUGGUUCUUUCUCCAUGUGAACACAGAGCAAGUGCAUCACAUGAUGUGAAAUAGUCACAUGAGUCACAACACACUCUUUUCUGUAAAUGUGCAAACUGCUCCCUAAUUUGCUGGUACAGCAGUACUCUGAUACAUGAGAGAUGUUAUUUAGGAUGCCCAAAGAGAAACAUUACAGAAGAUCUAAGCAACUCCAGAAUUAACCUCUACCCCAAUGGUAGUUUUGUUUUUGGGUUUUGUUUGGUUUGGUUUUUUGUCUUUGCAAAUGACAGGAUUUGCGGGUAUACCACCACUGUUUUGUUUUUUUAAAACCUUGUGGUUUUCAUGAAAUGUGUAUAUAUUUAACAAGCUGCUACUUAUCUGUGACCUGUCUUAGUGUCCUUCCUUAGAGCUAUCCAAUACUUUUCAAACACAAGCACAUGGCUCAUUCUCACUGCCCUCCCCCACUGAAUUUCCUUUAUGCUAUACUUUCUUCCUUUUCGCCAGUAAAACUAGCCAUAUUCAGUAAAUACAUUCAUGCGUCGAUGCCCAGGCAAUAGUAAUAGCUACACUAUUUUGAUGAAAUUUUUAUUUUUUAGAUUAUAAAUUACAAGAUGUAUCUAUAGUGUCUUGUACAAAUGAUAUGAUUGUGAUAAACUAGAAUUUUUAAAGAUUAAAAAUAAAAAGAACUCUUCCCCUUACAGAAAUGUUUUCAAAAAAUAAUACAUUCCAUAUUAACUACCAAAAAAAAUUCCUUAGAGUAGAAAUAGUAGAAGAUCUGAAAUGCUUUAAUGAGUUAGGAAUGGAUACUAAUGAUAUUUUAGGAUAGAAAGCGCUCCAUUUCUAAAAUAAGAUGUAACAGGCCUUAAGCCUUUCAAAAAGUUGUUAAUUUGGUCUGGAAAGCAUUUCCCCCUUAAUCCCAGAUUUGUGGGGUGCAGUAGGGAAAGAGAAAUUUGGGUCAGAAUCCAGAGAAACUGGUUACCUGGGUCUU